CAGUCCACCCCCCAGUGACCCACUCUCUCUCUCUCUCGCUUCCUCCCGGACCCGGCCACCACCCCGCCGCCGCCGCCGCUGUAAACAUGCUUCAUCACUCAAAUAGUCGUCACCAAAGGAACAGAGGAUCAAGAGUGAAAACGAUACUCCAGGCUACCUUGCUUGUAGGUGUUGUUGUCUGGCUUUUAUAUCAAGUGAAGCAUUCCUAUGAUAAGAAAAAUGAGUACUUGGAAGAUGCUGAGAGCCAGCUUUCCCAUGAUGAUAGAAGCAUGUUCCAGGGGAGGAAAGAAAGGGGAGGUAGUUAUGGUGAUGGUAUUCUUGAAAAGGUUGGGGAGAACCCUGAUGCAGUAAGCAAACCAGAGGAGAACAGUGGAGAAACUGUGUUUGAGAAAGACAAUAGUGACUCUCGUGAUGAUGAUUCAAGAAACACUGACAGAUCAGAAGCCGAUGAAGGGAAUGCCAGUAGUGCAGAUGGGAAUACGGAAGCUAAUAGUAAUGGUGAAGAUGGAACAAUUCUUCACUCAGAAGGAGAGAAGAGUGAUGUUGAGUCCAAUCCAUCUGAUGAUGAGAGUAAAGGUGAAGUCCAUUCAACUGUAGAUGAUAUGCAACAAAGCAAUACUGCACAAGAAGAAAGCAGUGCAGAGACUAAUGGAAUGCCCCAGGAAGAAGCUGCACGUGGUGAUGAAUCUACUAGUGAAGAUCAGUCAAAUGCGAAAGGUAAUGGAUCUGAUGAAGAGGAAACUGAGAAAAAAGAAGCAGAAAAUUCUCAAUCUUCUUCUGAAUCCCUUUCUGAUGAUACCAAGAGUGGGACAAAUGAUGAGCAUUCCAGUGGAACUCUUCCUGAUGAAACAGGUAAUUUACCAUCAGUUCAGAAUGAGAACUCACAAACUGAUGCUAGCGCGAGCCAAAGUGAUUCUGCUUCCACCACAUCUGAUGCUUCCAGUGAGGCUGUUCAUAUUGAGUCUGGGACCGAAUCUGGUGAUGCUGGUAAGGGUUCUGCCAAUGAGGUGUCAGAUUCUGAACAAAAAUCUGAUGAAGGCAAUGCUGCAACAGAAGUUUCUAAUGACCAAGCUGCAAACACGGAGGCAGAGAACUCCCAGGAAGCAUCUGCUGCAGAAGUUAUAAAUGGUUCUUCAGAAGAGACCAAGCCUGUGGAGAACCAGAAUGAUGGGAAUACAGAGUCAUCUAACAAUGGUGAGCAGGUGAAUAUCAAGAUGGAAAGCACAUCCGCCAACGCUGAGACCCAGUGAUACAACAACCAAUUGGACAUGAAUACUGUUCAGUGUACCGAUUUAUCCCUGAAAAUUCAGACGAGUUGCUGCACAUAGAAUUUUCAGGUCGAGAUUACGAUCUUUUAGUUGAUAGCAGAGGUAUGAUUGGUGCCAAUAGCGCCGCACUAUAUGUGGUCCAUGCUCUGAAAGACCUUCUAGUACCGCAUGUUUUUUCUUCUUGAAUCAUAUGGCUUUGGCCUAGACUCAAUCUCUACAUAGUGGUCUAUUCAUGGAUUCAUCAGUAUAAUAUACGCAGAAGUUCAUGUGAAAUUCUGAAUGUCUGAGCUUGCUAAAGCCUGUAUGGCUGUAUGCUAUUGCAGUACUGAUAUCUCCAGGUAUCGUUUCUAAUGCUCUUUA